AUGGCUCCCAUUGGGGACCGCAUAUGUAAAGCACCUACGUGUAAAGCGGCUCCCAUUGGGGACCGCAUCACCACAGCAUCAGUAUAUGCGGCGGCUCCCAAUGGGGACCGCACUGCUGCAGCACCCACCUAUGAGGCAGUUCCAAUUGGGGACCGCACAUCUGAAACACCCAUGUGUGAGGCGGCUCCCAUUGGGGACCGCAUGUCUGAAGCACCCAUAUGUGAGGCGGCUCCCAAUGGGGACCGCACAUCUGAAACACCCAUGUGUGAGGCGGCUCCCAAUGGGGACCGCACAUCUGAAACACCCAUGUGUGAGGCGGCUCCCAUUGGGGACCACACUUCUGAUACACAGAGUUGUGAGGUGGCUCCCAUUGGGGACCGCAUGUCUGAAGCACCCAUAUGUGAGGCGGCUCCCAAUGGGGACCAUAUCUCUGAAGCACCCCAUAUGAGGCGGCUCCCAUUGGGGACCGUCUGUACAUGA